AUGUUUUCUGCCACGUCAUCAUCAUCUUCAAUGCCCCCUUCUUCAUAUUCAUCUUAUGAGAAAUUGCCACGUCAUCACCAGUCUCAUCAAAACAACAAUUCUUUCUAUAUUCCUCUUCAUACACUUAACUAUUUUCAAUGCGUUAUUCUACUCUAUUUCUUUGUUUUUACUGUGUAUUACCACGAUCGUUAUGGAGGAAAAGUUGAAAAUGUACAAGUCACGUCAGCAGUUUUUGAUUCGAAUUCUAAAGAACUCAAUAUUAUUUUUCUAUUCGAUUCUUCCUCUAAGCCGAGAGAAUUAUUUUUGGGAUUCGGGUCAAAUGAUGCAGAAACACUUAGAAAUGAGACACAAAUCGAAUUGAAACCACCACCUGGAUUCACAUCGAGUUCACAGAUUUUUAUAUGGUCUUCAAUCGAGCCAGAAAAACCAGAAUCUCUAACUGUAAAUGCUGAACAUCCAAAGUCUUUACUUCUCAGAGAUCACACGGGUCAUCCAUUUUUAGAGUUAUCACUUCAAGAACCACACUCCGAGUUUCGUGAUGUUGUUAGUUGUUUCAGUCCAAUUUCUGGAGAUUUUGAAAUGGUUCUUACGUCUCUAACUUCCUCAAUUGCAAUGGGUUCAUUUGUCAGCAUACCAUACGAAGAGCUCACCGGAGAGCUCUAUAAAUUUUUACGAAUAUUUGAAAAAUCAGGGAAUCUCCGGCUAACUGCAUCUCCAUUAAUACGUCAUCAACCUCGUUUGGAUUCAACUGAAAACUAUCAUCUGAAAAUGCUGAAACUGAAAACAGACGUGGCGCAUUUGCAUUGUUGGCUUAUGCAUAAGAAUCGAGCCAAAUUUAUGAUAUUCCAAAACUCGGCUGAAAUAGUUCUUCCGAUUUCUUCAACAUUGGAAAAUCCUGUUUAUAUUUCUGAAUUCUCUACGAUUUUUGAAACUCCACGUGUCGAAGGAUACGGUAUUUUGGAGUAUAAUGCGAGGAUAACAAUUGAGAAAAGAUUGGGAGAUUUCUCUGAUUUCUCAAUUAGACAAGCUAUGGAAUCUUCAAGAAUUGAAGAAUUAAAUGGAAAUUCAAGAGCAUUAAUUAUGAAAAUGCACUCUCCAAACUCUAAGAAUCUCUCUCAUCGCGGGAAAAUGUACCCAUUUUUCAAAAAUUUUCCAUCUCUACCACAAGUAAUUCCAAAGAAAACAAUGAAUAAAAUAGACAGGAUUAUUGAAAUAAUCGAAGAAAACGAUGCAUUCUGGACUCUUAUAAAAGAGUGUUCGGAGAAUUCAAAAGUAUGGAAAUGUUCAUCGAAAAAGUGUGUUCGGCCUUCGAUUCGACACCGAUCACUUCACGGAUGGUACUCUUAUGAUAUUCAUUUUUCAAAGUUUUUAAGUGUCGAAAGUUUUGAUUGUGCUGACUGA